AUGGACAUUUCAAGUUCGAUUGGCGCUUAUUUACAAGAAACAGACUACAAACAAUGGUCCGUUAUUGAUUGCCUCGAUUAUCUGUCAAAACAAUAUACAUGGAUCACUUCUCAGCAUCGUGAAGAAAUCAAGGAUGAAUGCAAAAAUCAGUGUUUAUUAAUAAAAAACAACAAGUUAGUCGGCAAAAGAGUUCAAAAUAAAGCGGAAAGUCUUUUUAAAAAUAUAGAAAAACAAUUUGGAUACAAAGAGGCCAAUGAAUCUAUAUUUAACACUAAGACUGAUCUGUUUGGAUCAGAGGUUGCUGUUUCAAUGAUUGACAACAAAUUUGCCGGUCUCCGAUCAGAAAUAGCCAUAACAUCAGCGAAAGUCUUCCUACCCGCCCGAAAACAGAAGAAAGUUACAGUUGUAGACAAUUUUUUUGUACCGAAUGAAAAAUCGUCCAGUGAUGAAAAGGAUUAUGAAAUAGUUGACGAAAAAUUUUCUGAUCCAUCUACAUCGGGUGGUUUUUCUAACUCUUCAAAUUUCCUUAGCUCUGAAGUCAUUUCAACUUCUAAAAAUGAGCGAAGCCCUAUGUCAUCUACACAAGAUCCAGUAAUGACAGAGCACCCACAACAAACAUUGCCAUGUAUCCUUAAAUCCGGCGAGAACUUCACUAAUAUAUGGAACAAGUAUUUGCACGAGAUUGACCUGCAUCCAUGGAGUGUGGAGCAUGAUUGCAUUGUGAAAACCUUUCAUAAUAAUGUACUUAAAUCUCUUUGUUCGAAAUCAGACUGGAAACAAAUCCGAGGCAAUCGGCUACAUCUUGCAGAAGAAGGUUUAUUGGAGAGACUUAAACCUGAUUUACAAAAGACCAAAAAUGAUAAGCAGUCUUUGUUGCAGAAGUUUGCGCAAGUGUGGGUAUCUAUAAGUAAAGGAGAAAGUUACCUGUUUGAACAGUAUGCAUUACUUGUUAUCCAUAUUUUUAUUAGUGAAUUCACAAGUAAAAGAAAUGUCAUAUCACAUCCUUCAACCACAGAGGCCAUGUGGAAUACAAUAAUGAGUUUCAUAAUGGGAAAAGCAAUACGCGAUGGAGAUAUGGAAUAUACAUGGGGAGAGAUCGUGUUAGAUUCAACGGCAUUAAGAAAAGAUGGUGGCCGUGAUAUUCUUACUCUUCCAAAAGUUUCACCAGGUCAUAAGGGGGAUGGAACGGGACUGUCAAAUGAUGGACGUGAAUGUUUUGUCUUGGAAAUAUCUUUUGCUCCACAUGACCAAGAUAGGAGGAAGACAGCUGAAGAUUUUUAUAAGCUACUCCGAGAAAUUUCGAAAAAUUGGGACUAUGAAAUUUUCACACAAUGA